UUUUCUUCAAAGGUAAUACAAGCGUUUUCGUGAUAGAGAUCUUAUUAUUUACAACAUGGACGAACGUGAAUCGGAGCUACUUUGUAAGCUUGAGAACUUGAAGGAUGUACGAUCACGAUCUAUGCAACUCGAUAAGGUUCGAUCUAGGUUACGCCAAGAAUUAGAAAUAACAGACACUGAAGAAAAGAGGCUAGAUGAGUACCGCCAGGAGAUGGAACUUCUGCUGCAGGAGAAGAUGGCGCAUGUGGAAGAGCUUCGGCUUAUACAUGCUGAUAUCAAUUUGAUGGAGACCACCAUCAAGCAGGCAGAGGAAGAGAGGAACAGAUCAUUGGAAUCUGCAAAGAAACUGUAUGAGGAAUUUCGGCCUCUGAAGGGUGAUGUUGACCAAAUGCGGUCAUCAAUUGGCAUGGACAAGUUACCAGAUCUUCAGGAUGAAGACGAGAAACUUACACCUGAGUAUUUUGAGAAGCAAAGUAAGGAUUGGGUAGCUGAGCCACCUCCAGAACCACAGCUUCCUCAGUCUCUUGCCAUCGCAGCUGCUGCAGCUCAACAGAUCCAGGUUCCACGAAACAAGCCUGCUGAGAGACAGACCUUCAGGCAACAACCUCCACCUAUGAAGGCUUGCCUAUCUUGUCACCAACAAAUCCAUAGGAAUGCACCCAUAUGUCCUCUGUGUAAAGCCAAGAGUAGAUCCCGCAAUCCAAAGAAACCCAAACGCAAACUGGAUGAAUGAUACUGUCAAAAUGUUAUUGUAAAUAUUGUAAUACAUCAUAUUGAAUUCCAGUCUUGUGGUACAGUACUAAGAUUUGUACACCAUUAUUACUACACAAGUACAUUGGUUAGAUGUUUUUUUUCCAUAUACCAGCGGUUAGUUGAGUGGUACUGGUGUGUAGUGUAUAGUUCUGAUUAUAAAAAAUCAAUGUCUCAUUAACUCCUCAGAAUAUGGUCGGGGUGGUAUUUUUGUUUGUACUCCCUAGCCGUAACGUUUUUUCUUAAAGUUUGGGUUAUCAUUUAGGGCAUCCAGUUAAAUCUUGAUUUUUAGGUCACCUGAGACAAAGUCUCAAGUGAACUUUUCUAAUCCUCUUUUGUCCGUCGUCGUCCGUCGUGCGUCCGUAAACAAUUUACAUU